AAAAUCGAUCGUCCGGCCCGGCGUCCCCAUUACCAAAUAACCCUAGGCUAGGGCUUUUUGUAUAAAUAACAGUAAAUAGAUACUAGGCGUCGACGGCGAAACACUUUCCAAUUUUCAGCUCUAUUGUGCCGAUCAGCGUCUGCGAUUUCAGGUAACUUUUCAAGGGAGUGAAGCAUGAGGAGGUAUAGCCCAGCAUACUAUAGUCCUCCAAGGAGGGGGUAUGGAGGUCGACCUAGGAGCCCUCCAAGAAGGGGAUAUGGAGGUGGUGGAAGGCAUAGGGAACAGAAUCAUGGGAGCCUCUUGGUUCGAAAUAUUCCUCUAGAUUGCAGGCCAGAAGAACUUCGAGCUCCAUUUGAAAGAUUUGGACUAGUCAGAGAUGUAUAUCUUCCAAAGGACUAUUAUACAGGGGAACCUCGUGGUUUUGCAUUUGUUCAGUUUGUGGAUCCUUAUGAUGCUGCAGAGGCUCAGUACCACAUGGAUGGGAAGGUUUUUGCUGGGAGGCAGAUAUCUGUGGUUGUUGCAGCUGAGACGAGGAAAAGACCUGAGGAUAUGAGACGAAAAACUAGGGUCAGGGGACCAUCUGGUAAUGGAGGAAGGUCAUCGUAUUAUGGACGUUCUCACUCUCGGUCACGGUCGCGCUGUCCUCCAUAUGCAUCAGGUUCCAGAGCCCGUCAUAGAUCAAGGUCCUAUUCCCCUGAUCAACAACGAAGAGAUGAUUAUUCUAUUUCUCCAGAUAGAAGGCAAUCAGGUCACCCUGUUUCUCCAGAUAGAAGGCAAUCAGGUCACCCUAUUUCUCCAGAUAGAAGGCACUCAGAUCACCCUAGGUCUCCAAGAGAACGUGGUGUCCAUCACCGUCGAAGAUCAUAUUCUCCAGGAUAUGAAAAUAUUGCUGGCGAAAAUGGAAACAGCCAUGGCAAGGAACAUUUGAACGAGGCAAAGGAAGCACAAACUCGCUGGAGAUCAUCACCCAGACAAACAUCAAGAUCACCACCUCGGUCUAGGUCUAGAUCUGCUGAUAUAUUGCCCAGGGAUAGCUAAUAAUCUCAAAGCAUCAUGACCAUGCAUUCUUCGUUUUGCUUCGAGUAGAUCUAUUGAUGAAUGUUAGCUUUUGGUUUUGAAGAAUGCAAACUCUUAUUCUUGCCAUUAUUGUUCUGGUUAUUAUACUUUGUAGACAAAUCAACUGCCAUUGGAGGGUUUUGAAUUUCAUAUCCUUUCUGUAAUAUAAUAAUUAUUGUCUGUAGGGAAAUUUUAUGGUAUUGAAUAUUGAUUAGCAUGUGAGUUAUUGGGAACAA